AUGUCACACGGAGUGCCGAUGACUGUCCGACAGGAGGAGGUGGCUGGAGGGACGCUGAGGCAGCAAGAGGAGGCCAUGGCUGCUCUCAAGAAGGAGGUUGACGAAAUGGGACGCGUGAUGGCGAAAUUCGCAGACGCGAACGGUGCACAGGCGAAGGUCGCAAAAGCGGAAGGCGCAGAGCCGACGGGCGCAAAUGCGAAGGUCGCAGCGGCGAAAGGGGCGUUGGAGACGGGGAGCAACGGGGAGCCAGCAAACGGAAAGGACGGGGCGGGGAGCGCCGGAAAGGCAGGAGAUGGCGACCUCCCGGAGACUCUUGAUGGGAAAGAAAUUAUCGCGAUAGUGGAGAACUUUAUAACGGAGCACGUAGCUGGAUUAAGGGGUGAGCUUGCGUCCCAGGCGGAGGGCUUGCAGCAGCAGUUGGACGCGGUGCGGAGCGAGGCGGCGGACGCGGCGGGCGUGAAGGCGGAGAUUGCGCGGGUGCGGGCUGCGGCGGAACGGCAGACGGCGGAGGUGGCGUACGUUCGCGCGAUGGCGUCGCACACUGAGGAGCGAACGAACAAUUUGGAGGUGGCGGUGGCGGAGGGGAAGAACGCGCAGAAGAAGGUGCGCGCGGAGGAGCGCAGCCAGCCCGAGGGAGGCGCGGGGGCGCAAGCAGGAGCGGAGAUGCCCGAGGGGAAGAGGCGGAAGCUGGAUGAAGCAGGGAAGGCGGAGGGGGUGACGUCUGCUGCUGCGGGCGGUCGCGCACUUAUUGCCAAUUGCGGUGCUUCAGAUGGAAGGCAGGAGGGAGAAAUUAAGGCGUUUCUUCUGGGACUGCAGAAGACAGUAGAUGGUUUGCUGCGCAGAGUCGCUAAGGCGGAGGACGGUAAUCGCGACAGAGUAAGGUUAUGGGAGCUUGGCAAGAGCCAAGCGUGA